AUGCUCUGUAGCUGGGACAGUACCGUGAUUUUGUGGCACGACUCAUAUGCGUUUGAUUCUAAUCGUUGGAUUUUCUUCCAUUCGCAGAGCAUCGCUAGCACGGAAGAAAUGGCGGCCGAGACGUUCCUCUUCACGUCCGAGUCCGUGAACGAGGGCCAUCCCGACAAGCUGUGCGACCAGGUCUCCGACGCCGUCUUGGACGCCUGCUUGGCCCAGGAUCCCGACAGCAAGGUUGCCUGCGAGACCUGCACCAAGACCAACAUGGUCAUGGUCUUUGGCGAGAUCACCACCAAGGCCACCGUCGACUACGAGAAGAUCGUGCGCGACACCUGCCGCAAUAUCGGCUUCAUCUCUGACGACGUCGGUCUUGAUGCCGACCAUUGCAAGGUGCUCGUCAACAUCGAGCAGCAAUCCCCUGACAUUGCCCAGGGUGUUCACGGACACUUCACCAAGCGCCCUGAAGAGAUCGGUGCCGGUGACCAGGGCAUCAUGUUCGGCUACGCCACCGAUGAGACUCCUGAGCUGAUGCCCCUCACCCACAUGCUCGCCACCAAGCUUGGAGCUCGCCUUACCGAGGUCCGCAAGAAUGGCACCUGCGCCUGGCUCAGGCCUGACGGAAAGACCCAGGUCACCAUUGAGUACCUAAACGAGGGUGGUGCCAUGGUGCCUGUUCGUGUGCACACCGUCCUCAUCUCCACACAGCAUGACGAGACCGUCACCAACGACGAGAUUGCCGCAGACCUCAAGGAGCACGUCAUCAAGCCAGUGAUUCCUGGGAAGUACCUCGAUGAGAACACCAUCUUCCACCUGAACCCGUCUGGCCGCUUCGUCAUCGGCGGACCUCACGGUGAUGCCGGUCUCACCGGCCGCAAGAUCAUCAUCGACACCUACGGUGGCUGGGGAGCCCACGGCGGCGGCGCCUUCUCUGGCAAGGACCCGACCAAGGUCGACCGCAGUGGUGCCUACAUUGCCAGGCAGGCUGCCAAGAGCAUCAUCGCCAGUGGUCUCGCACGCCGCUGCAUUGUGCAGAUCUCAUACGCCAUUGGGGUGCCUGAGCCCCUGUCUGUGUUCGUCGACUCCUACGGCACCGGCAAGAUCCCCGACAGGGAGAUCCUCAAGCUCGUGAAGGAGAACUUUGACUUCAGGCCUGGGAUGAUCAGCAUCAACCUGGACUUGAAGAAAGGUGGAAACAGGUUCAUCAAGACCGCUGCUUAUGGUCACUUUGGCCGCGAUGAUGCCGACUUCACCUGGGAGGUGGUGAAGCCCCUCAAGUUCGACAAGGCAUCUGCCUAA